AGAGAGAAAGCGAGAAACAGAAACACGUUGAGGGAGACAGAGAGAGGUAGGCUACAGAACAGCGGAGAACAUUCACAACACAGGGAUAACUCGGCGCGCGGGGACUCUGUCGUGGGGCGUCCGCUGGCUCCUUCCCGCCGGUCCGCCUCCCAGAAUGUUCUGUGCCCCCGGUCCAUUUCUACGGUACACGAACCAGUCGCCGCGGCGUCCCCACGGACACUGAAGCCCAGAUGCUCACCCUCUCCGCCGACAUGGACGAGUCUUCGUCGCUGCUGGAUCUGUUGGAGUGCUCGGUGUGCCUGGAGCGCCUGGACACCACCGCCAAGGUGCUGCCGUGCCAGCACACCUUCUGCCGCCGCUGCCUGGAAAACAUUGUCAGCUCCCGGAACGAGCUCCGCUGUCCCGAGUGCCGCAUCCUUGUGGACUGUGGGGUGGACGACCUGCCGGCUAACAUCCUUCUGGUUCGCCUCCUGGACGGUAUCAAGCAGCGGCCCCAGAGAGGGAGCGGAGGAGGAGUAGGAGCAGGCGGGAGGCAGUCCCUGGCCGGGGGCUCGCUGCAGGGGUACGCAGCCGGGAUAUCCGCUUCUCCCCCGGGCAGUGCGAUCAGAGAGCUGCCCGUAGCCAUCAGGAGCUCCCCAGUUAAGAAUAUCCCAGCGCUGCCUUGUGGUAAAGCCCUCUAUUCCUACGAAGGAAAAGAACCAGGCGAUCUCCAAUUUUCUAAGGGUGACAUCAUCAUCCUGCGACGCAAGGUGGAUGACAACUGGUACCAUGGCGAGCUCAACGGUUGCCAUGGUUUCUUGCCCGCUAGUUACAUCCAGUUGCUGCGUCCCCUGAGCCAAACUCCACCACAGGGCAAAGCACUGUACGACUUUGAGGUCAAAGAUAAAGACCAAGAUAAAGACUGUCUGGCCUUCAGCAAGGAUGAGGUACUGACAGUAAUCAGGCGAGUGGACGAUAACUGGGCAGAAGGCAUGCUGGGAGACAAGAUUGGCAUCUUCCCCAUUCUCUAUGUGGAGUUAAAUGAAACAGCCAAGCAGUUGAUGGAGAUCGACAAGCCCACGCCAACUAACGUUCCAGGUCCGAGCUCUGAGCCAGCUCCGUUGGGCCCCUGUGCUCCUGGCCCCUCCCCCAAUGCCUCCCCGUCCAAUGGAAAUGGCUCUGGCCAUCGGAGAGGUGAAGGGAAGAAAAAUGCCAAGAAGAGGCAUUCGUUCUCGGCGCUGUCUGUCAGCCAGAGGGCCGCCCAACUCAACAACAGACACAGUAUGGAGAUCUCCCACCCAGUCCUCAUCAGCUCCUCUGACCCCAGGGCCGCUGCACGCAUCCAGGAUGCAUCCCACCUGGGUCCCUCUCCCUCCUCGGCAGGGGUACUGGUGCCCCCCAAAGUGGCAUCCAUAACCUCUGAGCUGCUGGCCCAUGCCAAGGUGCAGUUGCCACUCAACAUAUAUCUGGCUCUAUACGCCUACAAGCCCCAGAAGGCUGAUGAGCUUGAACUUAGGAAAGGGGAGAUGUACCGGGUGACAGAGAAGUGUCAGGAUGGGUGGUUCAAGGGCACCUCACUGAGAACUGCUGCCUCUGGUGUCUUCCCAGGAAACUACGUCACCCCGGUGUCCAGGGCUCCAUUUGGAGUUGGUGCUUCUCGGGGCUCGUGUUUGUCCAGUCCAGGAGGAGGAGGAGGAAGUGGGUGCAGUCAGGUAGGGAGUAAAAUCUCCGACCCUUCGUCCCCAGGGUCCCCGGGGCCCUCUUCGUCCCGUCCCUCCACCCCACUGGUAAACUCAGUCAACUCUGUUAACACCGUCAGUCCCGCCUCCUCGCCGCAAACUGCCGCCGCCCAGCUGAAGAACUGCCUGCGCUCCAGUCAGCAUACAGUUAACCAGGCACGCACUUCAAUGCAGCUGGUCCACAGUCCUCCUGCUGGAAGCCCAGAGCGUCCAACGGUGGCCAUCUCCCCCCUGCGUCCUCAGAGUUCCUCCCCCUCACGUUGCCCCAGCCAAUCGGGUCGUCCUCUCUCCAUGGUGUCUCCAGCACCCAGCUUAGGGCCCUCACCCCUCUCUUCCCCCGCCUCGCGGCCCCUUCUCCCCCUCUCCUCCCCUCUCUCCUGUCUCACACCUCCUAACGUGUCAGCGGUGCUCCUUAAUGGGGAGGCAGCCAGUCCCCUGCAGCCGCCAUUGCCGGGCCCCUCCCACGCCCAGGGCGCCCUCGCACCCAAAGCAGAGAAGAAGGAGAGGAAAGCAGGAGGUUUAUUAAAGCUCUUGUCGGGGGCGGCAGCCAAGAAGAAACCUCGCUCACCUCCCUCCUCCCCACCCACCCACGACCCCUCAUUGGCCGACCCUGCCCACCAUCCUCACCACCAUCACCACCGAUCGGGUUCCUGUCCGAUGGCGUCACAGGGCCGAGCCGGCUCCUGUCCAAUUGAGAGUGAUAUGGCAGGGGCCAUGGGACUGGAGCCUCUGCACAGGAAGUCUGGUUCCCUGGACACCAACUUCCCCAUGUCGCCCCCGGCACCACGCGCCAGCAACGCUCUGAUGGUCCUCCGGCCUGAACCCAAACCCCUGUCCAGAGAGAGGUACCGUGUGGUGGUGCCCUACCCGCCCCAGAGCGAGGCGGAGAUCGAGCUGCGGGAAGGGGACGUGGUGUUCGUCCAUAAGAAGAGGGAAGACGGCUGGUACAAAGGCACCCUGCAGAGGACAGGACAGACAGGCCUGUUUCCCAGCAGCUUCGUCGAGAGCUUCUGAACUGGAAAAAGUGGACAAAAGAACUCACACUGUUCCUGUUUCUGAGUCGCAAAACACACACACAAGCUUCACGGCUAUAUACAUACACGUAGGAUGGACCGACAUCGGUUUCCCAGACAUACACUUUUGGAUUAAAGACAGACACUGACAUGCGAAAAAGAAACUUGCUUUAAGAAGCUGCUAACCCUAAGAAGGAUUGGGUUUCAAUAGAGAAUUUUAGUUUCACAUGAUGGUCAAAAUGCGUUUUUUAGAAGUUUUUCCCAGAACAAUCUGUCAAGAAACACUGGAAUUUUGGGUAUGAAAAUAAUCAAAUUAAAAGCUACUGAAUACUGGCAAAAACAUCAUUAAUGUCUUUAGAAACCCAUAUCGGUCCAACUAAUUCACACACACACACACACACACACAUACAGGAAAGCUAUCCCUGGCUUCAACCAGCCACACAGGAAGCAGGGCAGCUUUUCCCGUCAUGCGCCCAGGGACAGCGCUGGGUCAGAGGGGCUUCAUGAGACUCGUUGUCCGCACGUGAUGUUGACUACUGAAGGCACACAGACUCAAAGAGCACAGAAAGACAAACCCUGCCUCCCAGUUCUCCUCCUUGACAUCAUCCACCAGCAAACACUAGCACAAGAAGCAUUAGCUCCGCUUUUUACUGAGACCUCAGAACUUGAAUUCGGGUGCUUUCUUUGUUUGAAAAGUUAAGAUUUAUCGCCUGGCGAUGAGGUGUGAGCCGACACUGCAGGAUCAUUGUGAGCACAUCUCCGUGUCUAGUUUGUGACAACAAGCACAUGUGUUUUUUAUCAUCCAAUAUGUUAAUAACAAUGCAUGUAGCAUUAUUAUGUUUUAUUUAAUAAUAGAUGUUUGUGUUGUCCCAAACUAGUCAUGCUGUGAUGAUCUGUCACAGGAAUUUUAAUUUAGAAACAAAUGGUGCAAAAAGCAAAAUAUGAAUUAGGCGUUUAAUUUUCCAUUUAUAUAGCUUACAUAAAUUUAUACAACCAUUUUUUUAAUUCAAAUUAGUCCUUUAUAGACCCUCCACAGCUGGGUUGAUUUGCAUAAACGGAUUGCUGAAUGUAAGAAGAAACUAAAAGUUACGCCAAAACUUGUUAAAGAAUUGAUUUGUAUUGAAAAAGAUGUUUUUUGAUCUUCUGUGUGGGAUUAUAGAGACAAAGAAUGCACUUGGUAAUAUUUGAUACAACCUGCCAAUAUAUCUAUACACACAGUGGUUUUACACGCUCCGUUAUUAUUUAUUUGACAAAAGGGAUUUCCAUCGCUACUUGUGACAGCCUUUUGUUUUAAGAGCAAACAUGUUUUCUUCUUUAAGCAGACACAAACUUCUUUGGUAGGACAAAAUAAUAACAAAACCUAACAUACAACGCAUUCUGUCACAAAGAUUGCCUCUUCCUCAGCCUUCUCUUGAGAUACUGUUGAGAGUUUUUGUCUGACUGCAGCAAUAUCGCGAAACCAAAAGCGUGCAGAUUCGAUGCUCAUGGAAGAAUGUACGGCCGAAGGGGGAAAGCACCUGAAGUCAGAAGGCAGGGAUGCAAGUUUUUCAUCACACAACUGCCAACCUUUGACAACCACUUUUCCUCUGAUCUUGUCAACCUUUAACAAGUAUUUUUGUACGGCUUCAGUGAGUCUAUAGACAGUCUGCUUUGUGAAUCUCUACGUCCUGAGUGUGAAUCCAGGCUUGUCUAGUUUACAUCCAGCCGCAACCAUCUACCUUUUUCCCCCUGUUUCUGGAGAUAGAAGCACAGCAAAACUGAGAGUUUGACUUGCUCACUGUGUGUGUGUGUGUGUGUGUGUGUGUGUGUGUGUGUGUGUGUGUGUGUGUGUGUGUGUGUGUGUGUCAGAGAGUGAGAGGUCUGCAGGAUUGUAAUAGCGGCCAUGUAUCAGUGAAAGAACACAGUUAAAGGGCAUGAAUGGUUUUCCUCUCCUGCUGUUUUGUGCCGGAAUGAAGCACAAACAACCACUGGUAAUGUGCACACAAGUGAGGCUCACUCAUUGGCUGAGCCCACAAAUGUCUAACGGGGUCGUAACCAGGCGAGAGUCUGUCAUUGGCUAAGCACACUUGAGUCUCCUUGGUGAACUGCAUUCAUGUCAUAUGGGAAAGACAAUAAAUACAAAACUCCAGAUAGAAAAUACCACUUGUGAAAAAAUCUGCAUUUAAUCAGUAAAUGUCAAAACACAACUUGUUUUUUUUUUGUUUGUUUGUUUGUUUUUUUUGCAAUGCAAUAAUGAAAAGCUUCCCAGAGUCAACUAAACGCUGCAGCGUCCAAAUGGUUUGGAAACAUCUACCAUGUCGUAUUCCCAUACGAUGUGACUGCAGAAUAAAUACUCAGAUGUGAGACUUUGCAACAAACUCUCCACAUACUUGCAGAAAACAAGCACAAAACAGAAAUUAUAUUAAGACAAAAGACAAAAAUUCAGUUUUCUCUCACCCCCCUUUUUCCCUAGAUUAAUGGUCUGAUAAAGUUGUUACAUGAUUCUUUUUUUGUCCAUGUAAUUCUUUUCAGCACUAAGUGAAAAUGAAAAAAGAGGAGCAGGCUUAAAAUUAAACAAGCAAGCUUUCUUUUUCUUUUCUUGUUUUUUGUAAAAAAAAAAUGUUUUCAUGUUUGUCUUGAAUUUGAAGUGGAGGUGACCUGUCACUGACGAGACAAAAGCAGCUUAUACUUGUGACGUGUGUCGCCACCCCCCACCCACCCCACCCCCCACCCCCCCAACCCAAAUCCCUGUGUGACUGUGAAGAAAAGUGAACAUGUUAGGGAAAUAAACUUUACAAAGUGAAAACACACACACAGUCAUUACAGAGAGCAGCAUGGUCUGCAAUCAUCUUCUGUCUGCUGCCAGUGCAGUAUGGGUAAUCCUGUGCAUCUGAAGCAACAGAUGAAACCACAAACAAUUUAAUUUCUCCACAGGUCACAGCUCAACUGGAGACUGUAAGUAACAUACUCACACACACACACAUAAAAGACUAGGGCUAGACUGACAAAUAUAAUUUUUCAGUUAGAAGCGUGGACCUGAAGCAGUUGUUAAAUGAUUCUUUAUUUACAUACAUAUUUAAAGUUUAAUUGACCAGUUUUGUCUAUUUAUUAAAUCCUAUUUCUCAAGUGUACUAGACUGUGAUAUUUGUGCAGCGUUUAAUUGAGUGUAGUUCUGCCAAGUAUAAGUGCCAGUUUAUUUGUCAUGAAAAGAGUCAAAACUAAAUGUCAAAUUUUGGUAGAAGAUAGAAGCUUCAAUCCAAAAAUAUCUGCAUUGGCCUUCAGAACCUGUCAGUCAAACCCUAGUGCCUACUGCCUACAAAUGCCAACAUACACACUCGUAGUGUUUCCAUCAGGCAGACCUAUCCGUCUUUGUCUCUUCUUUACGUUCUUAUCGGCCCGAUGAGCCUGCUGGUUGUUUUUCUGUUCUGUUUGACUGGAUUGACAAAAAACAGCAGAUCUCAGAAAAGCGGGUUUCUCUUAUGUGUUUGUACGCCCGCUGAACAGAGGACUCUCCUUUCUACUGGGUCAAACUAAAGCACAAGUCCUCAUUUGUGCCGGAAGAUCAAUGGAUCUCAACAAACUUAUUAUUUUUCAUGAGGUUGAUGCUGUGAGGGGGAGAAGAGUUUACAACAGUUAAAACAUCAGGAAUAAAACCACCGCACAGUGGUCAAUUUACAUAAAAUAUCCUGGUUUCACAAAUGUUUUCAUGCCUUUUGUGUUUUAUUUAUGUGAUGUAAGCUUGUCUUUCGCCCCAGCUUCCUGGUUGUAAAUACCACCUGAGAACUCAAAGUGACGGCUUGGAAAAUGUGAACAGCCAUCAACAGCUGUGGUAAUUCCCAUUGGACAUGAACACAAUUUAAAACACACCAUCCAAUUUUUCAUUGAACUUGAUAUCAAAUUGCUGUCCACCCCCUUUUUUUGUCGUUCCAGGAAGCCUGAGCACUCGCCCUGCCAUCUUGAAUUAAAUGUUGGCCAUAUUUGUUCCUAUGGAUACUUGUGUGUCUGAGUGUGUGUGCGAGUGUGCGAGGGGAGGGGAGCCUCUGUAUGUAGCUCUUUACAUAAAAAAGGAACUUUAUGAAAAGGUUUGGUGCGGUGUGAACGCUCAUGCGUCAUCAGGACUGAGCUGGGUUGAAUACAGCAGUACAGUGAGGGGAACAGGAAAAAAAAGAAAGUAUAUAUAUAUAUAUAUAUAAUUCUAUAUUGUGCAGCAUAUUUAUAGGCCUUUUGUGCCAUUGAAGUCAUGCUCUGCGCUGGUCAUGCCCAGCGCUCUCUACCAUGUGAUCAUUAUACAUCGUCUUGUACUGAUGACCCGUGGCUGAUUUGAUUGUUUUUUCAUGUCAAGUGCAUUUUUCGCAAUAAAUGCCUUUGUUUUAAAACAGA